UUUUGUGCCUCUUCAAAUCCAUUUCAAGCCACAAUCAAAACCCAAGCCCCUCCCUCCCUUUCAUUUCCUUUUCUUUUAUUAUAAAAAAAAACCCCACUUUAAAAAAGAUAAUACCUUUCCCAGACAAUCAUCCACUGCUCUUGUUUUCUGGGGUUUUUUUCUCAUUUAUUUAUCCAACAAAAAAUGGCAACAAGUAAUGGUGAAGGAGCUGAAGGUGUAGCCAAAACAGGGACAUCGACUAAAAUGGAAAAGGCCUUGGGGUCUUUAGGAAGCUUUACUAACAAUAAGGAGAUGUUUCUUAGAGCAGAUAAGAUAGAUUUCAAGAGAUGGGAUUUGCAACUUGAAAAGCACUUGAGCAAGGCUUGGUCUAGGGACAACGACAGUCCAACUGUGACAAAGAAGGAAGCGUGGGAAAUUGAUUUGGCUAAGCUUGAUAUAAGGCAUGUUAUAGCUCAUGGGACUUAUGGCACCGUGUACGGUGGGGUUUAUGAUAGCCAAGAUGUUGCAGUGAAGGUAUUGGAUUGGGGGGAGGAUGGGAUUGCCACAAUUGCUGAAGCUGCUGCUCUUCGGGCAUCAUUCCGGCAAGAGGUAGCUGUUUGGCAUAAGCUUGACCACCCAAAUGUUACAAAGUUUAUUGGAGCUUCAAUGGGAACUUCCAAUCUUAAGAUCCCGACAAAAGAUGGAAUAAGUGAGAAUAAUAAUUCCCUUCCUUCAAGAGCAUGUUGUGUUGUUGUUGAGUACCUUCCAGGUGGGACGUUAAAGAAUUUUUUGAUCAGAAACAGGAGGAAGAAACUUGUCUUUAAGGUUGUGAUUCAAAUUGCUUUGGACCUCUCUAGAGGUUUGAGCUAUCUUCACUCCAAGAAGAUUGUACACCGUGAUGUCAAGACCGAAAAUAUGUUGCUAGAUGCUCAUAGAACUUUGAAAAUUGCUGAUUUUGGCGUUGCUCGAGUUGAAGCUCAGAACCCAAGAGACAUGACGGGGGAAACAGGCACUCACGGUUACAUGGCCCCAGAGGUCCUUGAUGGAAAGCCUUACAACCGGAAAUGCGAUGUCUACAGUUUUGGUAUAUGCUUAUGGGAAAUAUACUGCUGUGACAUGCCUUAUGCUGAUCAUAGUUUCGCUGAAGUUUCGUCGGCAGUCGUAUGUCAGAAUUUACGACCAGAAAUUCCUAGAUGUUGCCCCAGUUCAUUGGCAAGCAUCAUGCGAAAAUGCUGGGAUGCACACCCUGAAAGACGUCCUGACAUGGACGAGGUGGUGAGAUUGCUGGAAGCAGUGGAUACCAGCAAGGGAGGUGGCAUGAUACCUGAUGACCAAGCUUCUGGAUGUUUCUGCUUCACCACCCGUGGCCCGUGAUGCUUUUAGCUCGUUCGUUUUAUCUCGUUGUACAUAGUUUUAGUUGAUUGCGAAAGCCAAGCACAUUCUUAGGUUCUGGCAAGUCUUUCUAUAACCAUUGGCUUCGAUAUUGUGAAUGAAUAGAACCAUAUAAAAGACGACGUCGAACACCUGGUUCAGUCCCUCAAUUCAAUGAUGAUUGAUGCAUUGUUUCUCACA